CCGGUGCCCACAUCUGGCCACACUACAUAUUUGUAAUAUUUUUUUAAUUAGCGAAUAAUUUUUAGCACUCGUUUUAAUCCAGUUUUUAUGCAAUAUAUCUAAGCAAUUUAAGUUUUAUCUUAUUCACAUCCACCAUGCAGUCCGUGCUAACCCGCUCGCUGAGUAUUGCCCGCAGAUCGUUAAAUGUACGCCAGAUUGCAUCCCUUUCGGCACUGCCGGACACUCAUCAGAUGCUUCAGAAGACCUGCCGGGACUUUGCCAACUGUGAGCUAAGUGGAAAUGCGGCGAAAUUCGAUCGGGAACACCUGUAUCCGGAGAAGCAAAUACGCCAGAUGGGCGAGCUAGGCGUAAUGGCAGUGGCAAUACCCGAGGAGUUGGGUGGCACCGGUCUGGAUUAUGUGGCCUAUGCCAUUGCCAUGGAGGAGAUCUCUCGCGGUUGUGCCUCCGCUGGCGUCAUCAUGUCGGUGAACAACUCCCUCUACUUGGGGCCACUGCUCUCAUUUGGAAACGACGCCCAGAAGGAAGCCUACAUCACACCCUUUACAGCCGGCGAGCGCGUGGGUUGCUUUGCCCUGUCGGAGCCUGGAAACGGAUCCGACGCCGGAGCUGCGUCCACUAUAGCCACCGACAAGGGUGACCACUUUGUACUGAAUGGAACAAAGGCGUGGAUUACAAACGCCUUCGAGGCUGAGGCGGCAAUUGUAUUCGCCACCACCAACAAGCAGCUGAAGCACAAGGGCAUCUCCGCUUUCAUAGUUCCCAAGGGUACCAAAGGCUUUUCGUUGGGCAAGAAGGAGGAUAAGCUUGGCAUCAGGGGAUCUUCUACUUGCCAGCUCAUCUUUGAAGAUUGCGCGGUACCCAAGGAGAACAUGCUGGGUGAGCCUGGAUUCGGUUUCAAGAUAGCCAUGCAGACUCUAGACGCCGGACGCAUAGGAAUCGCCGGACAGGCCCUCGGCAUUGGUCAGGCGGCCCUGGAACUCGCUGUGGACUACGCCCAGAAGCGACAGGCCUUCGGAAAGCCCAUCUCCAAGCUGCAAUCAAUUCAGCAGAAGAUUGCAGACAUGUCGUUGGCCAUGGAGUCCGCACGUCUGCUUACGUGGCGCGCUGCCUGGCUAAAGGACAACAAGCAACCAUAUACCAAGGAGGCCGCCAUGGCUAAACUGGCGGCCUCCGAGGCUGCCACAAUGUGCUCGCACCAGUGCAUUCAAAUUCUGGGCGGAAUGGGCUACGUGACGGAUAUGGCCGCCGAAAGGCAUUACCGGGACGCUCGCAUCACAGAGAUCUACGAGGGCACCUCCGAGAUCCAGAGGUUGGUAAUCGCGGGCUCAAUUCUCAAGGAGUACGCAAGUUAAAACACGAGUUUUUACCUAGUAUUAGGAGAAAAGUUUUUGCGAUAAAUAUAAAUCUUUUUGAAAAAAUUAUAGUUUUUGGAUUGAAAAGAUAUUUUUAUAAUGCGUGGAAUAGAAAUU